UAAUCGGACGUCGCAGUCGUCGAGGGGCAUCGAAAUCAACGCAUUACCGUUUUUAUAAGACGUGCACGCCUGCGCAAAAAAAGGCCGCUCGUAGAGAAAUUCAUUUGUUGUGUGACGCUAAUAAAGCUGGCCAUAAUCAUUAAUAUGCCAGCCGCGGCAGCCUACUAAGCAAAAUAAAAGCUAUAAAAUUACAUUGUGUUGACUCUAUUGUGGCUGUGCCUUAAUUUGCAAUUCCAUUACGCACACGUUUCGACUACGUAAUUUCAUUCCUCCCGCGCACGUGUUCCAUCUGUACAUUCAUAAGUUUAAUUGCCUGUUGAGUGCCCGAAGGUCUUUGCCGAUACAAAAAAUCAAACCUCAAACUCAAAUUUUGUGCAAAGCAAUCGAUCAUAAACAUAGUCGCAGUUCGCCAAAUCCAUAACCAUGACCGCCGCACCAGGCCUUCUCCACAUGGAUCAGCCUUUACGUGCUGUGGUCCAAUUUUUGUUGGACUUGCUAAUCUUCACGCUAAAGUCUGUGUUUUACAUUUUGGAAUCGCUAUACUUAACAAUAUUACCGCAGCGUUUUAGAAAGUUAAAGAACGUAGCUGGCCAAGUGGUGCUCAUAACUGGAGGUGGCGGUGGAGUAGGUCGGUUAAUAGCCCUCAACUUUGCCAAGUUACAAGCGCGUAUUGUCAUCUGGGAUAUAAACCAAGAAGCUAUAAAGACCACAGUCGAUUUACUGGCAAAGCACGGUUUUCAUAAUUGUAAGGGCUAUGUUGUGGAUAUAUCGGAUAGCGAACAGAUUUAUCAACGCGCCGCACAGGUCAAUGCUGAAGUCGGACCUGUCGAUAUACUUAUCAACAAUGCGGGAAUUGUUUGCUGCAAGCCCUUCUGGGAACUACACGAUCGUGUGAUAAAGAACACAUAUAACAUCAACAUAAUCUCCCACUAUUGGACCGUGAAGGCUUUUCUGCCGCACAUGAUGCGUAACAAUCGUGGCCACAUUGUGACAGUGGGAUCAGUGACAGGCAUGCUGGGCACCUAUGGCUGCAGUGAUUACGCUGCCACGAAAUACGCUUGCAUAGGCUUUCAUGAGAGUCUAUUGACCGACCUAAAGGCCCAUGGAUAUGACCAGAUACAAAUGAGUUUGAUUUGUCCGUAUUACAUCAACACGGGUAUGUUUUCAGGCGUCCAACCUCGCAUGAUGCCCAUGCUGGAGCCGCAAUAUGUGGCUGAUCGCAUCGAGAGCGCUGUGCGAAAGAAUGAGGUGUGGUGUGUUCUGCCCAAUUCCAUUCGCAUGUUGACGCCGCUGAAAUGCUUGUUGCCCGCGAAAAUGUGCUGGGAACUAAUGUCACGCGUUAUCCGUGGUCCCGAAUCCAUGAUGAUGUUCCAGGGACGUGGUCGCGUUGCUGCCGGUUAACAGCAAUGUUUGUAUCACAGCUAAAGAACCUGCAC